AUGCAAUUAUCUUUAUUAUUUUGGUUCUUUAUUAUUAUAACUGCUAUAUGUGAGGAAAUUUAUGAUGUUACAACUGCUGUAAUUGAAAUUGAUACUACUGGUAAUGUCAAUUUCGAUGUUACAACUCCUAAAACUGACAUUGAUACUGUUGGUGAAGGUAAUGAUAUAGUUUUUGAUGAUACAACUGUUAUAAGUGAAACUGAAAAUAGCGAUUUUAAUGUUUCUUUCCCAUUAGUUUCUUCCAAUGAUUCCUAUGAAGUUGAUUCACAAUUCAAGAAGAAGAAGAAAAAGAAAGGUAAACUAAAACCAAAAUGGGAAAUUUCAACUGGUAUAUUUCUUGAAAAGAAAGUUAAUAAAAAAUUAUUAAAAAAAGCUAAAAAGAAGGCUAAAAAGGAUGGAAAAUUUGGUUUAUUAUCUAAUAAUUUAACUAAUGCAACAAUGAAUCAAGAAGAAGAAUUUAUGUAUGAAUCUAAUGGUGUCAAAUUGCAAAGUGGAUUAUUAGAACAUUUUAAAUAUUUUAUAGGUUUAUUGUGA